UUUGCGCACUUCCGUACCUCUACAUCCUCUACUCAUUCGUCACUAGGUCAUCAUGGCGGUUUUUCUCUCUCAUUAACAUUCAUCUGUAAAAAUCUUCAUAUAUCCUUAGCCGGGUCCUUAAGUCGAAUUCAUUUUAUCUCAUAACAGGGUGUGUGUACGAGACAGAGAUGGGAUCAAAACUCACCGACCUGGCUGACCUGACACCAUCAGCAGAUUUUGCAUUGAAUUCAUUUCUGAUAGGGAUAAGUGAUGAAUUGGAAGAAAGUGAUUUGGAGAAACUAAAAUUUCUCUGUAAAGGAAAAUAUGGGAUUGGAAAAGCAAGACUUGAAAAAGUGAAAUCUGCAUUAGAUUUAUUUGACAUUCUACGUGAAAAACUGUUGCUGAAUGAAAACAACAUUAUUACACUACAAUCUAUGCUUUGGAUUUUACCAAGAAGAGAUCUUCAAAAGAGAUAUGUAGAAUUUGCAGAAUCGCUAGGAUCGAGUAUUCAUUUUGUUGCUCCAAGAGAAACACCAGAAAAUGGUUACAAGCACCUAAAGUUUCAUAUACGUGGAAGAGACCUGAACACAUACGGAAGAUCAGAACUGGACAGGCUUCGGUCAAUGAUAUCCGGUCUUCUUCUGGUACCACAGGAAUUUGUCAUCAUUACAGGAAUCGAACCCUCAAACAGUUUGAUGAUAACAGUAAUGGUGCCGGAGGAAUUUGCUGUCAAUUUGUUUUCUUCACCUCCUGAAAGAUUGGUCAUGUUGAAUGAUGUAUCUGUCAGCCAUAUAGAGAUGGGAGACAGUUUUAUCUUCGUCCAAGAGAAUGGAGAGACUAAAUCACCAACGUUUAUCAACGAUAAAAUGGAUGAAGAGACGCGGAAUUUAAUGCUCAGACAAAAUCAAAUGGAAAAAGAGUUAGAAAAUGCACACAAUAAAGUAGCCACGCUGACUGAAACUAUAGCUUCUAUGAAAAGGGGUGAUGGAUCUCAAUGGAUAUCAUAUUUUCUGAUUGUUCUCAUCCAACAAUACCACGAUAUAUACGAAAACGUCAUGAAAGUAAGAAAACUCAUAGAAGAAAGUGCCUUAGAUCCAGUUGACAGUCUGCAAAAACUUUGUGUAUUCAAGCACUUCCGAUAUCAGUUAGAAAAAGUUCGACAAUGUGGAUAUGAUGAAAAUCUCAUCUAUAGUUUGCUCGAUGCCCAAGCAUUGGUUUUCCGAUGGCAAAAGCAUGAAAACUUAGAUAUUCAAAUAGCAGAUCUUCAGAAUGCCAAUAAAGAUCUUGAAAGGAAACUUUGCCUUGUAUCUUGGGAAAGAGAAAAACUUGCAUAUUAUCACAGUAUUGGUGUUAAAGAUAGGGUAAUGUCAGCACGAGAUGAAUUUUUCCUAAGGGCUAUAUUGCAAAAUAUACCUCUGAAGAUUGAACAGAGAACCAACGUAGAAAUCCCGGAAGAGUGUGUGGAAUACGUAUUCAGGCGUUUCGAUGAAGAUAUAUCCAAAGAUGAUUUGAAAAUUCUUUUGGAAAAAUUCAACAUAUCUGGAAAAUCGAGACGCUAUGCUGCCUUAUCAGGCUAUCGGUAUUUGAAAACUGCUUUUGAUGCUCAGCGUGCGCAUGGUAUAAAUGUUGAAUUGAGUAAGUACGGUGUUUUCUUUUAUAUUCAAAAUUUGAAGAAGGUUGAUAUGAAGAAAUUAAAUAUAGAAAUAUUAUUUUCAGGAACAUUUGUGCAACAUUUCUUGUCAGGCCCUUUACAAAAGAAUGAACUGUUGGAGAAGUUAGAAGGUUAUGUUCGUGAUUUUUUUGUAAAUGCCCAAGCCCAAGCCCAAACGAACGCAGGUGGUUCCAGAAAGACAGAGAGACGAAAACCGCAAACAUAUGUCAUUCGCAAGGGGAACAAGAAGCCUGCGAUGGCCCGUUCACAGUCCCGAGUUGGGAAUGAUUCACCCGGAGAAAAACAAAAUUACCAAGAAAUGAAGGAAAUGUUGUCCGAUAUACAGAACAUGCUAAAAAAGCAGCAGUCUAGUCAACCCAUGGCAAUGAACAAAAACGCCGCCUUAGACGAAUACAGAGCAUUGUUUGAUUCAUCCAAAAUGUUACCAACAUUCACCGACAAAUCACAUGAUCCUUACCGCAGAUUUCAUGUAGAAUAACCUUAAUUUUUAUGGAAGAUACGUUGAAACAUUUUGAGAUAUUCAUGAAUUCUGGAAAGAUAAGAAACGCUUUAUAACAGACAACUACCAAUUUUAAAACAACCACAGGCCAUCUUUACGUAUACUGAAUGAUACGUGCUGAAAACAGAUGUAUUUAUGAUCGACUAAAUACUAAUGAUUGCUUAUAUCACUUAAUGAAUCAUUACAUGUACCACAAAUAUCAUCUUUAAAUUGGAAAAACAUAAAAAUGCAUUUUCUCUGAGGAAACAUCACGAACAUACAGUUAGCAUGCUAUUCAUAACAAUUGCAACCAAUUUAUGGCAAAGAAGUACAUACAUGUACCUACCUAUGCAUCGAUAUUUUGUUUUUGUAACACGUAUCUUUGAGACAUCACAGCAGCAGGAAUGAAUUUUGUCUUCAGUAUGAUUAGAAAUGUAUUCGAUACCAUUAGAUAUCUGCUCUCGAGCCUCUUUAAUUUUAAUUAUAAUUUCCCAUUUUUACCGUGUUGCAAGUGUUUUAUUUCGAUGAGCACCAGUAAGUAUGAUCAACAAAGUGCAGGAAAAUAUCGAUUCUUUUGAAAGACAUUUAUAAUGUGUAGAUUGAUUGAUUGAUUGAUUUUUUCCGCCACACUCAACGAUUUUCAAGUUAUUUAGUGGCGCCUGGUUUUUAUUGGUGGAAGAGAGAACCCAGCUACAAUGUACCUGGGAAGAGACCACCGACCUUCCGAAAAUUUAAUUGUUAUUGCAGAAUACAUUCUUAAACUACGUACCGAAUUUUGCAAUUUUACUCAAACAUGUUUGAAAAGCAAUGGCAAAAGGAUUUAAUCACGUAGGCACCAGUUUUGAAAACUUCAAUUCUACAUCUUUUGAAGUUUUUUUUUUUUUAAAUUCCGUUUCCAAGAAUAUGAGCUGUCAUGAGCCACCUGUAUUUAAUUUUUUACAUAAAAAGAUGAAAAUAACGAA